GGAAAAACAGGGAAGUAGGACUUCCCGUGACCACGCCUCCUGAGGAAGGCUCCUACUACAUAAGGCGGCUGCACAGUCCUCAAAGGCAUGUGCUUUCAGAGAUAUGGCUCAAUCAGGCAACAUUGUUUCAAGGCAGCAGUGGGGAGCAGCUGCCCCUAAAAAAAAGGAGACCUUGAAAGGCUCUGCCCAGAGAGUGGUCAUCCACCACACCGCCCAGCCGGCAUGUAAAGACCAGAAAGAGUGCAUGAAGCGCCUCGUCAGCAUUCAGAGAACCCACAUGACGGAAAGAGGCUUCGAUGACAUCGGAUAUAAUUUUCUUGUCGGAGGCGACGGUGCAGUGUAUGAGGGCCGCGGCUGGGGCGUGGUGGGGGCGCACGCCAAGGGCAACAAUCAUGACUCACUGGGGAUUGCCUUUAUUGGCAAUUUCAAAGAGGACACGCCAAGCCGGGAGGCCAUGUCCUCUGUGAAAGGCCUGCUGGAGACUGGGGCUCGUCAGGGCCAUUUGAGCCCACAGUAUGCCGUGUCGGGCCACAGAGACGUGGGACAGACCGAGUGUCCUGGAGCCAAACUGCAGAGCCAACUGCCUGAGCUGAGGAAGUAGCGCGACGUGCUCACGUGCACAUCGCGGCGGUUCUUAUGAAAGCGUUUGUUCCCACAAAACUUCACCGGGGUCAAAGUUGACAGGAUGAAAAAAAAUCUAUUUCUGAUGAUGAUUGUGAUUUAUUUAUUUUCAUCAUGGGGGGGGCUCAGGAGGUUUGUGUCCCACAUGUUUCACAACAUGUUGCACUUCUCCUUACAACAGGGGGAGCCAUCAAAAGGGCUGAGAGCAGCAGGCCACAAGUCCCUUUGCUGUACGUGGUGAAUGACUAUCCCACUAUCUCUUACUUUUUUAUUUGAUUAUAUUCCUUCAACUUUGUCAUUGUGCUACUUUUGAAGUGCAAAAUCAAUUUGUUUGAAAAUACCUUUUUAAUAAUGAAUAAUCUACAUUACCUUGUUCUUAAUGGGAAAUUGGUUUAAGCUAAACAUUCAAAUGGAUUUAACUUGUGCCCAUGUUAUACUAAUAAAUAUUAUGUCAUCA